GCUGCGUAAUGACGUCGGCAACCGUCCGUCUGUCCGUCCAGGGCGGAGGGAGGUCGCGGAGAUGUCCGGAGAUGGCGGAUGGCGCGGAGCUGAAGCACAUGGUGAUGAGUUUUAGGGUGUCGGAGCUGCAGGUACUCCUGGGGUUCUCCGGCCGGAACAAGAGUGGCCGGAAGCACGAGCUGCUGACCAAAGUGCUGCACAUGCUGAAGACGGGCUGCAGUCCUGCGGUACAGAUGAAAAUCAAAGACCUGUACAGACGACGUUUCCACCGCAAGAGCCACGCUACCAUGGAGCUCCCCCUGCUGCCCGUCCCAACCAGCGUGGGGCUGCCGCAGUCCAGCACGGCACUGGCUCUGAGCAGCCCCUCUCAGCUUCACUAUAGUGCUUCUGCCGCCUCAGCCCUGCUGUCACCACUGCUCUCACCCCUGAGCAUGCUGGCUCCCAAGCGUGAGGUGGACCUGCAGCACCUGUCACCUCCAGUGCACCCUGAUGUCAAGAUGAGGAGGCUGCCCUUCUAUGAUGUCUAUGACGAGCUGACCAAACCGACCACACUGGCCUCAAAUACUGGGCAGCGGUUUGAGGAGGCCAUUGUUACUUUUGCAUUAACUCCACAGCAGGUUGAGCAGAUCUGCUCAUCCAGAGACCUGUUACUUGGGGCUAAAGGUGAUCACACAGUACAGGUACAGCUAAGGUUCUGCUUGUGUGAGACCAGCUGCCCACAGGAAGAUUAUUUCCCUCCCAAUUUAUUUGUGAAAGUCAAUGGGAAGCUGUGUCCUUUACCGGGCUACCUCCCUCCAACCAAAAAUGGGGUGGAGCCGAAACGACCCAGUCGACCAAUCAACAUAACCUCGCUGGUUAAGCUCACGGCAACCAUCCCCAAUAUGAUCACGGUGAAUUGGUCCUCCGAGUAUGGCAGGAACUAUUCCGUGUCUGUGUAUCUGGUCAAGCAGCUGACAUCAGCCACACUGUUGCAAAGGCUGCGAGCCAAGGGGAUUCGGAAUCCGGACCACUCGAGGGCCUUGAUCAAAGAGAAGCUGACUGCAGAUCCCGACAGUGAGAUCGCCACGACGAGCUUACGGGUGUCGCUUAUCUGCCCCCUGGGAAAGACAAGGCUUCACGUGCCGUGCCGAGCACUGACCUGCACGCACCUGCAGUGCUUCGACGCUGCGCUGUACCUGCAGAUGAACGAGAAGAAGGCCACCUGGGUUUGCCCUGUCUGUGACAAGAAAGCACCAUAUGAAAGCCUGAUUAUUGAUGGACUCUUCAUGGAGAUUCUCAACCUGUGCACGCAUUGCGAUGAGAUCCUGUUCAAGGAGAACGGCUCCUGGAGCCCAAUGCAGCCAAAGAAAGUAAAGCAGGAGCCCUUGUGGACGUCAUACAGCAGCCCUGAGGCAAACACCGUGUUGAAGGAUCCUUUCUCCCAGGGAAAAUACUGCUCUCAGCGCAGUUCCAAUGCUGAGGUGAUCGACCUAACAUUAGACAGCUCAUCUGAUGAAGAGGAGCCUCCAGUGAAAAGACACUGCCGUGUAAUGACCCCCACGCACCUAGCUUCCAUCAACAAGCAGUUCCUGAACGUACACCAGGUGCAUCCAGUGCUUCAGGCUCCUGUCUCAACUACCAUGUCUACAGACUACCUGACCUCACUCUCCAUCCCCGAAUAUCACCUCUCCUACCAGGUGCCACCAUUGCCUCCAGACUUUCAAGGUUUGGAUUUAUUCUCCUUCCUCCAAGCAGAUAGCCAGAACCAGCGGCCGGUUACCAGCAACUCCUCUGAGAACCUGGAUCCCGUGCGUUCCUCAUUCAGCCACUUCUUCCCGUUCACCUCCUCGCCCCAGUUCGUGGAGAGUGUCAUCGGCCCCACCCGGAGCGUGCACGGGACUACCGGCCGGACCGGUAGCAUCACCACCGGCAGCCUUCCCAGGGAGAGUCGCCCACCUUGUCACACGACUGCUGCUGGUGCAGUCCCCAGCAACGUACUGGACAUCAUCUCCUUGGACUGAGAUGGCAAGCCUAAUGAUGAGCAAGCACACCCAAAUGGGAGCAGGAAUGUGCUCGGAUUUGUUCAGAGUCCGCAGAUCCAGGCAGCAAUAUACCGGGGGAGAGUUUCACUGUCACCAGAUCAGUAAAUUCCGGGCAUCAGCCCAUUGCCAGGUUUAAAAAAAAAUCCCAUUGAUCUGGACCCAUGCUUUUUCCUAUGAUCCCAGUACCUAUACAGUGAGAGGGGGAUAGGCAGAGCCACCCAAAACAGACCCUGCCUGCUCUGGACGGUAACACAGGGGAGUGUGACUGAACUGAAGACAUUAUCUGUGUCUAGAAUCAGUGCAAGUCAGCGCAGAGAGAGGGGAACAGAGCUGGAAGCUCGCCGUGAUCCAGCUCACUCACACCAGAAGGGACUGACGCUGCAAGCCCCCACAGAAGCAGAAAGUGCCCAUCCACGGGGAGGGAAGGUCUAACCCUGAUUAAUGACCCCUUAUGAUAUCAGGAAGAAUCCCUGGAAUUUAGGGAGAGAUUCCCAACUCUUCCCCCCCCCCCCCAAAAAAAAGGAGGUGCUGUCAUGUUUUUAAAAGCAACUUGAAUAUAUUUUCAAUGUUAAUCUUUUCCCCCUUUUUAUAAAACUUUCUGUACAGAGAAAGCAAAUUAUCUAUUUUCAGGCCAAGACAUUUUGUAAAUAUUAAAAAGUAUUUUAAGACAACAUUUCCAAAGACACACUUUUAAGCUAAGUGAGGCUGAAAGCUUGAUUGUGCCUAUCACAUGCAGGUACUGUAUCUCUGCUUGUACAUUUAACCGCGUAGCUUUCAGUGAAUAUUUCCACAGCAGAGGGACACCAGAUGCCACAGGGCAAAGGCCCCGUGGGUGAAAGCUGUGGGGUGAAGCCCCAAGGUGUUUAAGGACAACUAUCCAUGAGACUGCUGGUGUAGAUGGGGCAGGAGCCGUUAAUUUUAGAACUGUUCAUUAGAUCUCUGUAUCAACCCAGUUAUUGUAAUUAAAGGACAAGAACACUAAAAAAAUGUUGCUGUUA